UAAUUAAAUCCGGAGCUUCGUUGGAAAAGAUCAAGGGGAUCCUCACACAAACGGGCGCAACAUUUUGGUGUGUUUUGUAAAAUUUACCCCUUCUAAAUGCAAACCACUCCCCUUGAUAACCAUUCCCCUUGCGCUACUCAAUCUCUCCAACUGAACAACAUAAAUCGUAGGGUAACCCCAAAAGAAAGGAAUACCCCGCUCUCUCUCUUUUAUUCCCCAUGUGAAGACCACAUGCUUUUGUAUCACAUUACCCCCCUCUUCAUUUCCUCUGCUUCUUCCAGUGGCAGCGCUAGCGGUGACCAGAACCGAGAAUGGGGAGAAACGGGCUCCCUUCAAUCUUCAUUGCGGCUGCAAUAUCUCUUCUCUCAGUUCUCGCCCCCGUAUCCUCAUUUGAUUACAAGGACGCCCUAUCAAAAAGCCUUCUGUACUUCGAGGCCCAGCGGUCCGGCCACCUCCCUUACAACCAGCGCGUUCGAUGGCGAGGGCAUUCGGGGCUCACCGACGGGCUCCAACAAGGAGUUGAUCUUGUCGGGGGAUACUACGACGCCGGCGACCACGUUAAGUUCGAGCAGAUAGCCGCCGCAGGCGAGUACGAGCACGCUCUGGAGGCGAUCAAAUGGGGGACUGAUUACUUCGUCAAGGCUCACACUAGCCCCAACGUGCUCUGGGCCGAGGUAGGAGACGGCGACACAGACCACUACUGCUGGCAGAGGCCUGAGGACAUGACUACAUCGCGUAAAGCGUACAAAAUCGACGCUGAGAACCCAGGGUCGGAUCUCGCAGCGGAGACCGCCGCGGCGAUGGCUGCGGCCUCGGUCGUCUUCAGGAAAUCCGACCCGCAUUACUCUCACCUGCUCCUCCACCACGCUCAACAGCUGUUUGAGUUUGGGGACAGGUACAGAGGGAAGUACGAUAGCAGUGUGGGGGCGGUGAAGAGUUACUAUGCGUCGGUAGACGAGCUUCUGUGGGCUGCGCUGUGGCUGCACAAGGCCACAGGGGGCCAAGCCCAGUACUUGGACUAUGCGAUAGAGAAGGCCCAAUUGUUCGGCGGGAUUGGGUGGGCUAUUACUGAGUUCAGCUGGGACGUUAAGUAUGCCGGUCUGCAAAUCCUCGCCUCCAAACUACUAUUGACCGAACAUGACCGAAAACAUCGGAAAAUUCUCGAGCAAUAUCGAACCAAGGCCGAGCAUUACAUUUGCGCAUGCUUAAACAAGAACAACGGGAGAAAUGUCGGCCGCACCGCAGGCGGCCUGCUCUACGUCCGACAGUGGAACAAUAUGCAGUAUGUAUCCGGCGCCACAUUCCUCAUCACCGUCUACUCCGACUACUUGGUCGAAGCCGGCGGACAAGUGAACUGUCCUGACGGGCCGAUUGGGCCUCAAGAGCUUUUGGGCUUUGCUGCGUCCCAAACCGACUACAUAUUGGGCUCGAACCCGAUGGGCCUGAGCUAUUUAGUCGGGUUCGGAUCAAAUUGGCCCAAGAGAGUGCACCAUAGAGGAGCCUCGAUGGUAUCCUACAAGGAUAGCAAGGAGUUCGUUGGGUGCACUCAGGGGUAUGAUGGUUGGUACGGGCGGCGGGACCCGAAUCCGAAUGUGCUUGUGGGUGCAAUUGUGGGCGGGCCUGAUUAUCAAGAUAAUUUUACGGAUAGAAGAGGGAAUUUUAUGCAGACCGAGGCUUGUACUUACAAUACAGCGCCUAUGGUUGGAGUUUUCGCGAGGUUGAGUAUGGUUGAGGAAGGCCGUGCAUCUUCUUAGCAGGCUGAAAGCCCAUUGAAAUAAUUAAAGGAAUGAGAGUAUUUUUUUCCUUUCUUUUUUAGUUUUAAAGUUAAAUAAUGUAUAUGUUUUUUUUGGGCUUAGGUGUGAUACAUUUUGUUACUUUUUCUUUUGUAGGGAUUAAGAUGCCUUAAUCUGUAUAACGAGUAUGUUAAGGGGCUGUUUGGUUCGUUUCCUUGAUAUAGGGAAAUGCCCAUGUAAAGAAAUAUAAGUUUUGAGUUUU